AUGUCAACCACUACCGUCUUCCCCAGCCAGCCCAGCUCGACCAGGCCGCCCAACAAUGAUGACAACGGAAACAACGGCGGAGGUGGUCCCACCAGUUCGCCGCUGCUUUUCUUUGUCGCCCUCGGUUUCGGUGUCGUCUUUACAAACCUAUGGAUCAUUGUAGGCGUCAAGUACUGUUUCCGCUACAACCGUCGACGCGCAGCCCAAACUGCCGCCAGUACAGAGAUUGAUAUGGCUAAUAUGCCUCGCCCCCACCGAAGGAGGAGGGAAAAGAAACUAAUGACCAUGGACGAAGUUAAUGAGCGCUUCCCACUGACCAAGUACAAGCAAUGGAAAUCGAGCCGUGAAACUGAGGGGCUGCCAUCCAACGGUGGUAUUUCAACAGCACCCCAGAGCAGGGCCGCGAGCAUCAAGGAUGUCGAAGUUGCCGCCACUUCCCAAGACGAGGGACCAGGGCCUCGAACAGAGACGGCGCUUUCCAUGGCCCGCAACGACCAUGCUGCGCAAAACUCGACUUCGCAGCAAACGGCGUCUCCAAGAUCAAGCGUCGAAAGCACAAAAGGCGAGAAGAUGCAUGACUCUGAGAAGCAGAUUGAAAAGGACAGUCCAGUCCCAGUAAAACCAAAGGAGAGCCCAGAGCAUGGUGCUGCACCGCAAGCGACUGUGCACGAGCAUGACGAUGACUCGGAUGACGAUGACGAUGACCCAAUCCGCACUGCGACUGCACCAGAGUUGCUCUCUGACCCUGGCGACACUUGCGCCAUCUGUAUAGAUCUCCUAGAGGACGACGAAGAUGUGAGAGGGCUAGCUUGCGGCCACGCCUUCCACGCUAGCUGUGUUGACCCAUGGCUGACAAGUCGUCGCGCAUGCUGCCCGCUCUGCAAGGCUGACUACUACGUGCCUAAACCUCGCCCGGAAGGUGAAGCUGAUCCGGCUACUGGCCGUCGUUCAGCUGCUGGUCCCAGAUCACCACAACAGGCCGUUUGGACAUCAGCCAACCCUUUCUCCCGUACUCAAAUACUGAUUAUCAAUGCCGAUCCCAACCAACAACCUAGUCCCCAGCGAUUAGGACGACUUGGACUGUCGAGCCGGCGUAGCCACCCGGUUUCAGCGGAAUCGCAGCAGGGGACUGCUCAACCAAGACAGGGUUCCAGCUGGUUCUCACGAACGACGCCCAGUCAACCACGUGCUCCCAUGUUCUCCCGCUGGUUCAACCGUGACAGGAGCGCUUCCAACAAUGUAAAUACUUCCACAGCCACCCAGCAGCCUACCCCAGGUCAGCUUGAAGCCGGCACUCGGUAG